AUGUCACUGACUUCAUAUCAGCAUGGUCUACAGAAAGCGUCGGAUACCGCCAACAAGGCCAUCUCAGUCGAAGCUUCCUUAGCGAAAUUACCACCCACUUGUUCUCCUCUACCCACUCUCCUCAAGUCCUUCCCAUUGUACAUAUCAGCAGCUCAGUCAUACUCACAUCUCCUCUCUUCAGGUCUUGUUCCUUCAUCGGAUGUAUCUGCAGUCAAGAAGAAAUGGCGUUUAGUGUUGGAACGUGCUGAGAAGAUCAAGAGACGGGUGGAAGAAUUGGGUGGCCAAGUGGGAAAAGCUUCCGUGGGGGAUGAAGGGGAAGAGAAAGCUGUUUUGAGACGAGGGAGGAAGAUAAAUAGUUACGAGUUUGAAGAAUGGGUAGAACCGUCUUCGCGGGAGUUUGACAUCGGGGAGGAGGGAAGAUGGAAAGGAGAUGAAUUAGCUUUACCUCACAGAGAAGGUCCUGUCGAUUGGUUGGAAUCUACCAAUCUUUCAUGGACCGGGUUCGAGGAGAAGAUGAGGAGAAGGGGGCAAGGUAGAUGUGUGGUGAGGCAGGGAAUAGGAGCGGAUUGUUCUAUAGCUGCUGCUCUCACAGUGUGUUUGGAGCAUAAUUGUCGCUGGGGCACCAAGUUGGGAGCAGGAAAUCUUUGGCCGAAAGACGUAAAUGGAUCUCCCGUACAAUCCCAAAACGGAAAACAUGUUUUGAAACUCAUGUUGAAUGGUUGUUGGCGCUCAGUCAUUCUGGACUCUCUUCUACCUCAUGAUAUGUCCACUGGCACCCCACUGUAUUCCCUACCAUACUUACUCGAUUCCACCUCGUCCACCGAUCUGACCUCUAACACAGGUCAAGCAUGGAUCCCGCUCGUCAGCAAAGGUCUUUUGAUGUCUCUCGGGGGUUACGACAUAAGAGGUAGUAAUCCCUCCCUCGAUCUUUAUUCUUUGACCGGCUGGGUACCUGAACGUAUAUCCCUCAGACAAGGAUUCCAGCGUGAGAAAGAGUGGAAUAGGGUUUAUAAGGCUUGGGAAAGGGGGAAGGUGUUGGUGACAUUGGGUACUGGGAGUGAGACGAAUCAAACCCUGAUUUCCUUGCAUGCUUAUGCUAGAAUUUUGGAGAUCUUUGAUCCUGGGAUACAGGAGACCUCUCAACAUGAUAUCGAAAGUCGGAUAGCGGAUCUGAAACUUGAACCACGUUGUAUUUUCACUAUGACAUGGGAUCAAGUCUGUACCUCUUUCGACGAGUUAGAUCUCAAUUGGAAUCAUACUUUACUUCCUGUAACGACAAUACGGCACUGGGCGUGGUCUACUCCUACAUCUCCCGAGGCAUCGUCGGGUAAAGCACCUCUCGCAACUCUGAACUCUCUCUAUCAUCUCAACUAUACUACUCCACCUGGAAGCUUAGAAAUCUGGCUUCUUCUUUCUCAGCAUACAGUUAGCAAAGACAGAAUAUUAGACGAUAUAGCUCUCCAUAUAUUCGACCAUCACUCUACACCUCCUAGCAAAGCCUCUUGUCUGACACGUGUUGAUACUGAAACACAGACACCAUAUUCCAAUAACCUCCAUAUCCUAGUGAAACAUCGUCUUAGGAGAUGUUCGGGAACUCUCCUGAUCAUUCCCUCAAGAGACAGGGGCAUAUUUCAAACUUCUUUCACCUUGCGUGUCUUCGCACCUCCAAGUUCGACCCUGUCAUUGGAGAGAAUAUCACAAUCUUUACCUUUCGAUCAGACUAUUGAGAACACUCUCACGUCCCGGACGGCGGGAGGAAACCCGGGACAACCGACGUAUAUGUUCAACCCGCAAUAUUCCCUGCAAAUCAGCGAGGACUCUUUUCGAAAGAAAGGCGUUCUUCGGGUUAGUGUCAGGGGAGGUAAGGAAAUCGCGUGGAAUGUAAGUAUCGUUUGGGGUAAAGGGGAGAGAGUUUUCGAAUUAGAACCCAAAAGUGUUCUAGUAGGAUCCGGUCCAUACACUUACGGGGCUGCGUAUUGUCAAAUGGAAGAUAUACAACUCGGCACGUAUACGUUGGUUGUGUCGACAUUUGAGCCUGGUCAGUUGGGCUCCUAUCGCUUAUCGGUGGACAGCGACCUUCCUGUGAAGUUGUCGAAUGUUGCGUUGGAAGGGGCGGGAAUGUUCUCGCGUACCGUCGUUGGCCAAUGGACCCAAGCCACCGCAGGCGGUCGACCGUCCGGGGGAAAGUAUGAUCUGAACCCUCAAAUCGAACUCAUUCUUCCUUCACCGACGAUGAUCAUGGCCAGACUAUACCUUCCCACACCCUCUCCAACACCUCUCAAUUUGACUAUCUUCCGUCGUGCCACGGGUUCUGCACUAGGUGAAGAAAUAGUCACGACUGGACCUUAUUCCGACGCUCCGUCCGGGGUGAAGAUAAAUCGAGUCAAACUGGAUGCGGGGGUGUAUAUCGCCGUCCCUUCGACUUAUACGAGUUGGGAAGGAUGUUGGAAAUGUCUUCUAUGGGCCGAUGUGGGUUUUACGGCGGAGUUGAGACGAUGACGAUCGGGUCUACAAUAUCGAAAUCCGCGCUUUGACUCGCUACGACUGUCAUUGCUCUGAGAAUUGAAGACCCCAAGCCCCGUCCGACACCUCGGAUCAUUUUGGGUCAUAUUGUUUUGAUUCUAUGGCAUGAUCGAAACUUC